GUGACGCACCGUCCCCUGUCUUCAGGUUCCGGCGACCGCGAGCCCCUGCCCAUGACCACGGCGGCGAUGGCCGAGCAGGUGCGGGCACUGCGAGCCGAGGCGGCUCCGGGAAUCCGCCUCCUCGCCGGCCUGCGAUCGCUGGAAGUGGAGAACGCGUACGUGCGCCUCUGGUCCAACCGGUCGGGUGUGGCGGCGUCGGCCAACCUGGCCUACGAGUGGGUACGCCGCGCCGGCCUGGACGGCAUCGCCCUCACCAACCUGGUCGUGGGACGACACACCGUCGACGUGUACGUGGAUUUCCUCAAGGUGUCGUCGCUGGCCACGAUUCGUCGCCUGGGCGUGCCACGUAGCCAGACAUGCGUGUCCAUAAGCCUGGCCGUGAUGCGGUUUCUGCUGUACGACCGGCCAAGGCGCUUAGGACAGGUCUGCCACAACUACUUCCCCGAGGCAUACUCAAUGCACUGCCGGGAGUGGACGGAAAUACGGUACGAGCGGGGCGCGGUUGCCAACACGGCGCUCGUCCACCGGCGUGCCAUGGCCGUCGCCGAGAUCAUGGACAGUUUCGACAACGAAACCACGCUCGCCCACAAGGUUAAGGCGCUCGUCCGCAAUGCCGGCAUCCCUUGCGUGGCCGCCUACAACGUCGAGCUGGACGACGCCACGGGUAUCUGCGAGUCCGAGACGCCCUACUCGAGGCUCACCGCAGUGGCCACUGCGUUGCGCGGCACGACGCUCACGAAGCGCACUACAGCGGCGCCUCCGAAACCCGUGCCGCGCAAGGCUAUCGCUAAAGGCCACAGCGCCGCCGAGACAUCGCCGACUGUGGCGCCACACCACCGCCAUCGAAUGCGCAAACGGGUCUUGGUGGCCGUUAAAAAAAAGCGGCGCCAUUAGCAGGCAUGCUAGCAGGGACUCUGACGCUAGUGCCUACCUGCAGACUCUAUGCGCGGUCUUAGGAUUGCAAUAUUUAGCGGUAAUCUCAUUUUUAUGGGCUAGAGUGUGGCAUUUAAUCUCAUGCUAUGUAUUAGUUUAUAUCGUAAAUACAGCUCUCAUGUGAUCACGCUUAUAAAAACUCCAUUGCGUACUUUACGAAUUUGCGCAAUCCUUCAUGCCUGUGAUAUGCUGUUGAUGUUUGUUAGAGUUUCAGAUACUUGGUGCGGUUUGUUGUGGUUUAAAUAUUGAGCGGUAAUAAUGUUCUGUUGAUAUUUAUGUGCUCAAGUGCGAUAUUUAAUCUUACGCUAUGUAUCUGUUUAUAUUGCAAAUACAGCUCUCAUGUAAUCACAUCCUAUAAGGAUUAUGUGCACUAGUUU